AUGCCUCCAUCAAUUUCAUCAACUGACACGAAGAGGUAUCUGAAAGGAGGAGGCGAUCGUCGAUGUUCAGAUGUUGGCCAAAGCUUAGUGUUUACCGCAACUCAUAAAGAGCUAGACGAGGAGUUCAUAAAUGAAAUCGAUGAAGCUGGUGAUGUGGGUCCUGGUCGUGUUUCUGAUGGCUCCAGUAGUGGCUCCGAUGAUACUGAGUUGAGGUCUAAAUUUAGGGCGAUGGCUCCGACGUUGGGAUCGAUUACACGUAUGGUUAUGGGAGGUUGUUCAAGGAGAAAAUCAUGCGAAUAA